UGGGGUAAGAGGGUAAUCAGAGUGGUUGGCCCACUUUGAGGUUUGCAAUGGGGACAAUGGAGAUAUUUCUUUGCCUUUUUCUUGGACAUUUUAUUGCUGCUCAAUCAGUAAUAAAAAAGCAGGAUGUCCCAAAUUUCCAAACUGUUCCGAGGUUUUUCAACAACAUCAGGCCUUUUCCAUUUGAAAGAAAUUUUGAUUUCACUCCGUUUGACACCAUCUUCAGCUCUUCGGGAACUUGGAGCCCUGACUUUCACAUGCUCGCUGAAUUACCUCCCAUUGUGAUCGUUCCCAGAGUAGAGGUGUUUUGCGAUGAAUCUAAGAUAACUCUGCUGGUUGAUAAGAGAUCCAAUGAUGUCAUGCUAACUGGAGAGGAGCUACAGUUGGGUAAUGGCUGCUAUAGCAACAAAGAGCUACCAAACCAAUUUGUCUUCACUUACAAUUUGGAUGAGUGUGGAACUAUACCUAUGAUACAGAAUGGCUUGGUAAUGUUCACCAACUUUCUCCACUUGAAUCUCAAAGAACCUCCCCCCACCUGGUGGCAAACUCCUUCCACAGUACACAUAUUUUGUUUACCAAAAAGGUCCUAUUCAAUGGCACUUCCUGAGAAUGGCCAGAUCUUUAAUAUUAAAGCCAUGAAUCCAUCCUGGACCAGCAGUGCAGAGUCUAUUAUCUAUGAAAGAGGACAGGUUGUAAACCUCCAGGUUUCUGCCAAAACCAGGCCAGAGCAGCAGCUUUUCAUUCAGUCCUGUUUUGUCUCUGCAUCUCCUGAGCCUCAGACUAGACCCAAACAUGCACUCAUAAUGAAUAAAGGAUGUACAGCCCCGUUGGAUUCUUCUCAUGCCGUCGUACAAUUUGUGGCCUCCGACAGAGCGGAUGUGGUUAAUUUAGUUCUGGACACAUCUUAUCUCAUUUCUGAGCUGUACAUCCACUGUAGUGUCCUCAUGUCAGACCAGGGUGUGAACUUUGGCUCUAAAUCCUGCAACUAUAACCUGAUCCAGUCAAGAUGGGAGGACCUAAGUGGAAAUGUAGAGGUGUGCGAGUGCUGUAGCUCAAAGUGUAAAGGCCUGUCAGUCAGGCACCUUCCUGAGGAUGCCAAGGCUACCAUCAGCACUGGCCCCUUUGUCAUUGUGGAUAAUCAUGUAGAGCCAAGUCCUGAGCCUUCUGAACUGCAAGAAACCUCCAGCGCUCCUGUUACAGACUCCAUGUGGUCUCAUGGUGCAGCCACUGAGGACAAAAUUGUUUCUGGAAGUUCUGCAUCAAGACCCCCUCAGGGUGUGGUGGUGGUUAGUCAGGACCCAGGUGCCAGACUGACCCUUUGGCUACCAGAACAGCUGCAAGAUCCUGAACACAGCAAGAAUAUCCGUUCUGAGUCUGAAGACAAUUUGACACUUAAGUUGGAGGCAAGCGACACCGUAGCAAAUGACCUUCCUGAGCUGCGACUACUGGCAGAUAAGGAGCCUCUUCUGAAUACGCUCAUAAACGAGAUGGAAGGUCAAAGUGCAAAUGAACUAGUGGUUGAUGGAUGGGCAAUUCUUUCACAAAUGGAAAAGGCAACUUUUGCAGAGGAAUCUCAAAGAAAAAAGCGUUUUGGAAGAUCUGGAGUGUUUGACACACAGUCUCCACAAGAGGUUGCCAUCCCUCUGACAGAUGAGAUGGUUUAUGUAGAUGUCCUAAACCAGAAUGAUUAUAACCAAAUGAGACAUGGGCAGCCAGAUGCAGCUGUGAUGCCCCAAGAAGAAGCAAGUGAUGCCCAACCAAUAAUUCGCUCAAAACUUCAGUUUUCCAAAGGCACGGAUGGAUCACACUCUCUGAGUUAUGAGGAAGAAGUGAUAAGACAACGAGGGAAACAGGAGCCUAGACAGAGAGGGCUGCGCUCAACUUUCUUGGAUUUGUUGAGGAGGAUGGACAAAGCAGAAUAAUUGCGUCUUCAUAACUUCUAAUAAGGUAGCCUACUUUAACUGAAUAAAUGUAUUUGAACAAA